AGCAGCUUUUGUACGCAGUACCAAUCUCACUUUUCUUACAACCACGCUUUGCUCUCCUCCAUUCUCCAGGAGACUUCGCACACUAUGUCUGUCACACUCCAUACCACCCACGGAGACCUCAAGGUCGAGGUCUUCUGCGAAGCAGUACCCAAAACAGCCGAAAACUUCAUCGCCCUCUGCGCCAGCGGCGCAUACAACAACACCCCAUUCCACCGCCUAAUCCCGGGCUUCAUGAUCCAAGGCGGCGACAUCUCCCUCGGGCCCGCCUCCUCCUCCUCCUUCUCCUCCAACAGCACAAAACCCAUCCUCCCCUUCGAAGACAUCCCCAAAGGCGGCACCUCCAUCCAUCACCCCGGCGCGCUAAACCAAGAAAUCCACCUCCCAGCCCUGAAGCACAACACGCGGGGUAUCCUAUCGAUGGCCUCCCGACCCGUGAAGGAUCGGACCGCGCCGGGAGCGCAAGGCGCAACAGGGGCCACGAUCAACGGGAGUCAGUUCUUCGUGACGUUUGCGGCGGCGCCGCAUUUGGAUGGUGCGAGUACGGUGUUUGGGAAGGUGUUGAAUUUGACGGCGCAGGAUGAGGGCGGGGAUGUGUUGAGUCGGUUGGAGAAGGCGAAGGCGAAGGUCGAUAAGAAGGGGAGGGUGGUGCAGCCGAAGGAGGGGGAGGAGAAGGAGGGCGAGUUUGAGGCGUUGAUGAUUAGGAGGGUUACCAUACAUGCGAAUCCGUUUGCGAAGUGAGGGUCAGAGCAGUAUAUCUGAGGGUUGAUGUGAAAGAGGCAUGGCCCUCCCUAGUGCGACAGAGAAGACAUCUCCUCGAGGAAGUGUGAGGGCUGGAUUCAUAAUGGGCGACUAUACGUGUGCGUUAAGCGGACUAGCUGAGGUUGUCACUUUCGCAAUGAUGCCGCAAACUGACCCAACCAGCGUCGCUCAACACCUGGUCAUCCGGCAAUUCGUCAAUCGAUGGACGAGGUGAGAGCUGCUUGGGGGUACCGAGCUGCCAACGGUGUCACCCAAGAAUUGGAGCAAGAUUCCUACUACUAAUGACACUAAAUUCAUGGUAUAAAGGAAGAUAUCAUCUAUAAUGGUUCAUAUAUUAUCCCU